AUGGAAAAACUUUAUUAUUAUUUAAAUCGUGGUUUGUGGAAAUUAGCCGAAAAAUAUUUUGAUCGUAAUGAUGAAUUUCAGAGAGAUUACUUUUGGGCUGUGGCUGUACAUCCUAACCAUCACAGUUUUGCAUCUCAUAUAAUAUCUACUCCAUGGCAACAAAGUUGGAUGAUAUUAAAAAUACUUGAAAAUUCUUUGACAGCCUCAAAAGAAAAAGAAGAAGAGCCUGAUAUACUCGAAAUACAGGAUUUAAAUAUUCUUCGAAAUGAAAUUGAUUUUCAGUUUACCCUCAGAGAUUAUUAUUCGGAUUCUUUUGUUCAGGUAUUGCGAGUCUUGUAUUCGAAGCUUCAAAAUCAUAUUCCUGUGAAUUUCAAUGAAAGUGAAACGAAAGCAUUUAAUUUGAAAUUAAAAUCAUUGUUUAAAAUAUUACUCGAAGAAAAUUCGAUAACGGCUCACACUUUAUUUAAACAAUUGCUCCAGGUUGGAUUUUUUGCUACAUCAUGUGAAACUUUAUUGUAUGAGGUUGAAAACAAUCAGAAAUUAUGUAACUUAAUUGUUUCCGGUUUAUGCGAAACAAAAUUGAUUCAAUGUCAUGUACCUCAAGUUCUUAAAUUGUUACAAUCGCCACUCAGAAAAGAGCUCUGUUACUUACUACUUGCUUUUGAUAAUAUUUCUAUACUGCAUUCGAUGAUAGAAGAAGAUAAAAAAUUUCUCAAAAGCAAUUCUAAAGUAAAGCUCCAAUCUCUUUUGGAAAAUGGCAUACAACCACUACAAUUUUUUUUGGAUAUGACAAUUCUUGAAAGACAUUUUUUACUUCAAAUAUUAGAUUUAAUAAAUGCUCAUUUAGAUGAUUUUCCGUCCUUGGCCAAUUGUACAAAUAUACCUCAAUUUAUUUGGCCUUUAAUCUUAUUAAAAAAUUUAAAUAAUUUUACAAUAUCUAAAGAAGUUUUUUUAAGUCUUAUUAAAAAAUGUAGAGACUCGACAAAAAAUAAAACUUUUAUAAAAUUUACAUAUGUUGUCGAAUGGUGCAUACAUUUUUAUCAUGAGGCUGAAAAAGAAAAAACAGUUGAAAAAGUUUUACCAAAAAUUGAUUGUUUAGAAAAUUUACUAGAGAAAUCUCAGGAACAUAGUUUUCUAUAUUUAAUCAACAGUACAACUAAUUUAUCAGAGACAGACUGGAAUCAAAUUAUUAAUUUAAUCAAGGAUGAUGAAUUGGAAAAGCAAGAGGAAAAAUCUUGGGACAUAAUUGUGCUGGAAGGCUAUUGCAUUCUCAUGCUCGCCAUGAAAGCAAUUAUUUUCUCAAGCGAAAUAUCAGAUUUAGCUCAGACUUUAAGAAUAAAAUUAGACGAUUUAUUAAUAGCCGACGACAUUUUUUCCCUAUUGUACAAGGAUGAAGUGACAGAAAACUUGAAAAAAGUCAAACAAAUGGCAAAUUCAUUAUAUCCGUUAGAAUUUCGAUUGGAAAUCCUAGAAAAUUUAUUUGCUUUACUCUUCGUAUCGUACGAAGAUGUAAAAAAAUUAAAUUAUUUCGUAAACGAUUCAUUGAAUUUUGAAAAAGCAUUGGAAAAAGUAUUAAUCAAAGGGAAAUUUUCAUUUUCGAAUGAGAAAUUGAAUAGAAUGAACGCUCCGGAAUUUUUGUUACAAAUUUUAGAUAAAUCAGAAGAAGAAGAAUUAAGUAGGAAACAAAAAUUAAAAGGUUUUAUAUGUAAGAAGUACAUCGUUCGCGAUUUGAUUUAUUUGAUAAAAGAUUGUUUGGAAAAUUUAGAAGAAGAUUGUAGCAGUAUCCGCUCAAAUAAUUCUCAGACUGAUGUUCCUUGUACAAUUAAAUCAAUACAAAUGGAAAAUAGAUUAGAUAGGUUGAUAGAAUCCGUUAGCGAAGCAACUUGGAGAUUGCAAUUAGUUACAGAUCCGGAUUUCAUAGCUCAGAUAAAUUCUAUGAAGAAUGCUUGCGGACAUGAUCCCAAUCAUAACUUCGACGGUGAAUGGGUUUACAUGCCUUACGAUACGGAACGCAGCGGAUUUUUAAAAACGAGAAAGAAAUCAAUGGAAAAAUUAAACGAUUCGCAAAAUAAUUCAAGUCCUGCCUGCGGCAUUGAUAACUGCAGUCCAGAAUUACAAUCAUUAAAACAGUACAAAGCAGCAUUUGGACAUGGAAUAAUAAAUCACAUGUUGGCAUCCGAUUCUUCUCUCGUUGUCCGAUGUCUUUCUCAAAACGAUGAUUUAAACGCGGAUCACAUCGUUCAGGUGAGUUAA